GGAGAGCGGCCGCGGACUGCGCCCUCAGCACAACGGGGAAGGGAAUAUCGGGUGUGGUCCCCGGAGCCGCCCGCGGGUGAUCUGCAUCUAUUCAGGGCUAGGAGAAGCAGCAGCGGUACUAGCAGGGACAGCAGCCUCCUACCCUUCACAUAGGGGCACAGCAGCCAGGAUGCCAGGAGGACCCUUGUAACGGGUGAUAGCAGGGGCACCGCAUCAUACCCGCCAGCCCUGCCCUGUGACCCAUCUGCCUCUAUAGACAUCCACAGCUAUGAUACCAGGAGGGCCCUCCUGCUGAAGCCGCCUCACCCUGCAGAGCCUGGCACCUCCACCAAUAUGAUGCCAGGACAAGCCUCUGCCCUGUGAAGCCUCCUAGCCUGCCCAUUCUGACACAUCAACAACUAUGAGGGCAGGAGGACCCCCACCAUGCCCCCCAGUGUGUGCCCAAGGGGCGGAGGACUGAUCACAGAGCUGUGCCACCCACACAGCCAGGCUUCCUCCACACAGACAAUAGGCAAUUUGGAGCUGAUUCUUUACAGAACAAUACCUGAUCUAUCACAGCUUGUUCUGAUGACAGAGAGGAGAGGACAACGCCCCCUACUGAGCUAACACAAGGAUGGUGAGACACUCAUCAAUUCUACAGAGAUUUUGUUUGAUGAAGACCUUGACCCAUGAGACAGAUGGGUUUCUACAUAAGCUCUUUGUCCAGAAGCCCCUGCACCAAGACACAGGUGCGACAUUACCAAGUGGCCCCGAGCUACAACUACAAAUGGACAGACAUCCACUAUGAAGCCAGCAGAGGCAACGUGGAGAAGUUGCAUGCACUACUGACCACCUCUGAUAAAGAGUUGGUGGAUAGGAAAGAUUAUUAUGGAAAGACCCCUUUAUACUGGGCAGCUUAUAAAGGACAAAGGAUUUCAAUGGAGUUACUCUUGCAACAUGGGGCCAAUGUGAACAGCUGUUGUAAGCAUGGAGGUACCCCCCUGCAUGCAGCCAUUGGAUUGUUUCCAGACUGUGCCCUUUUACUAAUACAGCAUGGUGCUGAUGUCAAUCUGCAGGACAACUGGGGAGUAACACCGAUGUAUCUGGCGGCAUGCAGUGGACAACUGGAGUGUAUUCGGCUCCUUGUGCAGGCAGGCGCUAACAUUACAUAUAAGAACAAGAAAACUGGUUUGCCUCCCAAGCGCCUUGCUUCCCAAGUUGGAUUCAUCGCCUGGAUUGAAUCUUUCUCCCAUCAGCCUCGCUCACUAAAACACCUAAGCCGUCUACGAAUACGAUCCAGCCUUGGGCCCCAGAGGCUCCGAGCAGUGAGGACAUUUAACUUGCCACAAUCACUGAAGUGCUACCUUAUGUUUGAGGACCUGGUGUUGCAGGAACCUAUGUAACAUAUAACAUGUAUUGUUGUGCAUUAUCCUGUGUCCUUGCUCUUCUCUGUACAGUGGAAAGUUCUUUCUUGUAUCCAUUAGUGGUAAAGUAAACCACAAACAACACAACAGUGGGGAACAAAGACUCACUCUAAACACUCAAUCUUUGUGAGCUUCCAUUUCUUACAACACCUACAAUCUGACCCAUUUGCGUAGAAAGUAUUUUUCAUUACUUCACAGUUUCAUUGGGUCAGUAUGGGAGACAAAUAGUCAUUGGUACUUUGUGUCUUAGGGAAUUAAAAUAAAUAAAUUGUCAAGCACUAAGCCCAAUGAAGCGCAAGACAUGGCCACAUUAAUGGCCCCUGAAAUACAAGCCAGAUGAACAUGGUUUCAUAGGCAAACUUUUGGUUUCUAAUAGCCCUUCAGUCAUGGGCGUAUGCACCUUACAGGCAUACCAUGCUAUAGGUUUUUGGAAAGAGAGGGCCCGGCCCUCUUCUAGUGGUUGGUGGGGGAGGACCUGUGCAGAUCUUCCCUUAUAGGAUGCACUGUAUUGUUAAAGGGAAUGUGUCGUCAGAAAUUGACCUAUUGUUUAAAUCAGGUUUUUUCAUUAACUACAUUUUUAAAUAAUUUUUGGUGAUGUUUAUUUCAAAUGUACUAUCUAUAUUUUAUAAUAACCCUGAAAUCUUGCAGUUUUUAAUCUGACUACAAGGCCUAAAACUAAGCUGAGACUUAAUGUUUUGUAUAGCUCACUUCCUAGACUGGAGACUGGAGUACAGUAAAAGGUGACACCAAUAGAGAGAUAACACGGGAUCCACCACCAUUCACAGGAGAGAUCAGUAUACCCCCUCCCUGUGGAAUUAUUAAGAAAAGGUCACAGAGAAUACCUUGUGGCUGAAUUGGACAGCUUCAGUCUAUUGUUGUCUUUGGUCCAUGGGUCAUGCUGUAAAACAUUUCACUAAAUAUUGUUAAAACAGCUUAGACAAGAUAGCAGCCCCUGUAAUAAUAAACAGUUUAAAUAAAAUAAUUAAAAUCAGAAAAUAGAAAAAGAUUAGAAAGAAAAGAAUGUUUCGGUAUCUGGAUCUAACCGGAAAUACGAAAUUUAGGUGAUGCAUUCCCUUUAACAAGUGGUGGAUAAGGAGUUGGCCCCAGGGCAUGGAGGGGAAAACAAACACCUAGUUGACAUAACCCAGCACCACAAUGAGGGGGCUGUUUUGAAAAGUGGUAUGGACCGCACAAAAGAGGCUAAUGGCAAGCUGUGAAUAGACAGAUAUUAUACAUUAUUAUUGGACAUACCUAAAAACUAUAGACACCAAAUUGCUAUACACUCAAACAGUUGGAUUUUGAUUCAGUGAUUUUAAUUCUACCUUAAACAACAGACGGAGGUAACAGAGAUAACAUAAAGCUUUAGUGAUAUUGCGGUUUUACAUAGGACUGCAACUACCCCUAAUGGGCAAUCUGUAAUCAAAAAUGUAUCACAAUUGUUAACUGUGGCUUUAUAUAAGACUGCAGGUAAUCUCAGCUCUGCUACAUCUAAACAUCUCCUUCUUAGUAUAACAUCAAUUACCCAAUUUUGUUUCAGGCAAGUGUAUCCACUAGAUCAGUUUUUCAUAUUAUCAUACAGAUGCUCUAGUGAUAAAUGGGAUAAGAAUUGGGCUAUGUAUGGGGAAAUAAUUUACCCUUGUGGUCUAUGAGAACUGGGAUGGAUGGUGUUUACCACCUAAGAGGGAUAUUUCUUGUCUUCCCAUACACUGGGUAAAAGGGUCAACCAACAGGGGGAAACCAUGUUUGGCCUUCAAACUAUACAUAUUUUAAUAGUGCCACUUCCACUUUGUUUUAGCAAUUACCUGAGGGUUCACAGCAGCUUGACCCCCACCUAUUAAUAUGCUUGCAGGGUCUUUAGUACGAGUGCUCCUUUAAAGGGGUACUCCGCUGCUCAGCGUUUGGAACAAACUGUUCCGAACGCUGGAGCUGGCGCCCGCACCCUCAUUACGUCUCACCCCGCCCUCUCAAUGCAAGUCUAUGGGAGGGGGCGUGACGGCUGUCAGGCCCCCUCCCAUAGGUUUGCAUUGAGGGGGCGCGGUGUGGUGUCAUGAGGGGGCUGGGCUAUGACUUCACAAGCUCCCGUCUCCAGCGGAGACGUGAGCAGCGGAGUACCUCUUUA